CCGGCCUUCAGCCCUUUAUCCGGGACCCUUGGCUCGUCAGCCACCAGAACCUCCACACGUCCUGCAGACUGCAGCUUCAACCCGGGAGGCAAGAGCGACAUGGCGGCGACCAAGUCCGAGAACCUCUCCCUGGUGGUACACGGACCCGGGGACCUGCGCCUGGAGAACUAUCCUAUCCCUGAACCAGGCCCAAAUGAGGUGCUGCUGAGGAUGCAUUCCGUUGGAAUCUGCGGCUCAGAUGUCCACUACUGGCAGCACGGUCGGAUUGGAGAUUUCAUUGUGAAAAAGCCAACGGUGCUGGGCCAUGAAGCUGCAGGAACAGUCAUAAAAGUGGGAUCUUUGGUAAAGCACCUACAACCAGGUGAUCGCGUUGCCAUCGAGCCUGGUGCUCCCCGAGAAAACGAUGAAUUCUGCAAGACUGGCCGAUACAACCUGUCACCGUCCAUCUUCUUCUGUGCCACGCCCCCAGAUGACGGGAACCUCUGCCGGUUCUAUAAGCACAAUGCCAAUUUCUGCUACAAGCUUCCCGACAAUGUCACCUUUGAGGAAGGGGCCCUGAUUGAGCCGUUGUCUGUGGGGAUCCAUGCCUGCCGGCGAGGUGGAGUCACCCUGGGGACCAAGGUCCUCGUGUGUGGAGCUGGGCCAAUUGGACUGGUCAGUUUGCUCUCGGCCAAGGCAAUGGGUGCGGCUCAAGUGGUGGUGACUGAUCUGUCUGCCUCUCGGUUGUCUAAAGCCAAGGAAGCUGGGGCCGACUUUGUCCUCCAGAUCUCCAAGGAGAGCCCUAAGGAAAUCGCCAGUAAAGUGGAAGGCCUCCUGGGAUGCAAGCCAGAAGUCACCAUCGAGUGCACUGGGGCAGAGACUGCCAUCCAGACGGGCAUCUACGCAACUUGUUCUGGUGGGACCCUGAUGCUGGUAGGACUGGGUUCCGAGAUGAACAAUGUGCCCCUACUGCAUGCAGCUAUACGAGAAGUGGAUAUCAAGGGCGUGUUUCGAUACUGCAACACAUGGCCGGUGGCGAUUUCAAUGCUUGCGUCCAAGUCUGUGAAUGUAAAGUCCUUAGUGACCCAUAGGUUUCCUCUGGAGAAAGCUCUGGAGGCCUUUGAAACAUCCAAAAAGGGAUUGGGGUUGAAAGUCAUGAUCAAGUGCGACCCCAACAACCAGGAUCCCUGAUGUUACUUGGGCUCUGCCCUCAUUCCCACCCUCUCAGCAUCUCAGGGCUAAAUAGCAGGGCAAGGGUGGACUUUAAGGAAAAAAUUUCUUUUAACUAGUAAGAUUAAUUAAAAUAAUUCAUUAUAAGCAGAGAGCCUUACACAGAUGAGUUGGUGUGCCUUAAAAACACAAGUAGGGAUAGUUUGGGGGAACUUGUAGCCAGAUUGACCUGUGCAUGUGGAGCAAAGUUCAGCAAGUAGAGCAGAGCUUCUUGGCAGGCAGGUGCUGGGAACUCGCCUUCUUCCUGGAGUGCCUGAGCUGAGUAAGGGAUGAAAUCUAUCUGUUGAGUUCCUGGUUCCGCCGUGACUGUGGCUGGGCCAGUUGCAGGGUGGGGGCUGAGUUAUGAAGAGACAACUUUACCAAAAAGACUUAACUGGCCCAGAAACUGAUUUUCAUGAAAAUCUGUAGCUCAGGGUCAGGAAUGAGGGGCUGUCAGCUGUUUUACUUGAGAACACAAUGUUUCUAGACAUGGGUGUUAGUUGGUUUGAUGACAAGAGGAGAAUAAGACAUCUUCCUGGUCUAGGGUAGUUAUAAAACCAAAAACAGCCAAACAAAUAAAAUCAGAAUGCCUCAUGAGGUCAAACCAGCUUGCAUUCCCCAAAUGUAGAAACAAUCAGAGAACUCAACACUGCUUGAAGAAUGCUUUUUUUCACCCCCUGAGAAUUCUGUGUAAUUUAAUUUGCACCCUCCUAACGCCCCCUACCCCACCCUUCCUUCCACCAUUCGGGGGCAGCCACUGCAGGCUUCUUUGUCACUAGGCAAGCAGAAGAUGCUUACCUAGGGACAGGCAUGGGGAGUCUUCAUGGGAGACCUUAAAUUAUAUCAUGCCUUUGAUUAGCCCGGCGGGGGGAGAGAGGCUGGUUGGCACACUGCAGGAAUAGCAUCCCUUCUAGGCUCAAAUUCAGACAUGAUUAUUAUGUAAUGCCAUGUAAUUCUGGUAAUCCUAAACAGAAAACCUUUCCCCUUCUCAUAGCUAGUUAAGACUCUGGUAUCUUUCUGUCUGAGUAGUAUGUCUAAAAUGGUGAUUGUAUUUUAAUUUUACUGUGUAAGAGUUAGGUCCAAUCACAUGAUGUCCAUUUGUGACUUUAAGAUUAUUAGUCAAGAAUGAGGAUGUAGUAGCUGUGAGAUAAGUGGGGCUGCAGGCUUUAACCCCCUCGCUGCAGCACAGGGCAGAGGGUGGCUCUGAAGAGGUGCCUGUGACUCAGGGAGGCUGUGACCAGUGCCUGGAAUUCCUCAAACUGCUUUGGGUAAUAAAUUCUGCUUGUAGUGCUUGCUGUCA